AUGUCGAAUACAGAAGCUAGCAAGUUGUACGAAACCAUAAUAGAAGAUGUGAUAUCCGAUUCGCGUCAGGAUUUCGAAAACAUGGGUAUUGACGAAGCUACACUACAAGAGUUACGCAAGAUAUGGUGCGAAAAGUUGUCUCAAUCCAAAGUUGGGAAGUUUUCAUGGGAUGAGAAUGACGAUUAUGGUGAGGAUGAACCGGCUUUACUAAUAGGUAACAGCAAUGGUGAUGAUGCCGCUACAUCGGUAUCCGUCAAGGAAGAACCAAUGUUAACUUCUUCCCAACUUGACACCAAAAAUCAAGAAGGCGAUGACGUUAAUGCUCAAAAUGGUGACAUUGCCGGUAAUGACCCUGCUUCUGACGUAUUAAGCUAUAAUAACGAUUUAGGGAUACAACUACCACCGAUAUCGGUCAAGAAUGAACAGAAUGAUAAUGGCUUAUCACUCCCGCCUUUACCCCAAACAGAUGGUACUUUUGAAAUGACACUACAUGUGAAUAAUCCCAAACAAAUCCUAAAACAACUACAAAAGAAGCCAAAGUCAAAAAAACCAAGUCUGAAACUCCGCCAGGUUGAUGGAACCUUAGAUGAUGACGACGAUGAUGAUGAAGAUGAGGAUGAGGAUGGAGAUAUCUUUAAUGACUCGGACGAUAUAAAUUCGGAUUUAGACGAUGAUUUGGAAAGCGACAAGUCCGACGACGAAGAUGGUGAUCAAGAAGGGCAAAUUAUGUUGUGUUUGUAUGACAAAGUACAAAGAAUCAAGAAUAAAUGGAAAUCGAAUUUGAAAGAAGGUAUUGCUAACAUUGAUGGUAAAGAUUACGUUUUUCAUAAAGCCACCGGAGAAUGCGAAUGGUAG